AUGUCGAACCCAAACGCCCUGUUCCUCCUCGCGGACCACAUCAAACUGUCGCUGCUGGAGCGCAAGAGGGCGCAGGCACUGAACCUCCACAGCGACUCGCAGGACGGGCACAUAUCACGAUCUCUAGAGCAAUUUCGAGAUGGGCUGGAGGCUCUGCAGGCGGAGCAGAAGCGGCUGGAGGAGGCAGGCGAGGACACAGACAAGAUCGCGACACUCUCCGACUCCCUGCCUAGCCUACAGAAGCAGUUCGACGAUCUCACCUCGCAGUUCCACGGCUUCUCCUCCCCCGGCACAGCCGCGACCCUCACGCAUCCCAACGACCCCUCGCUAGCCGAAGACUUUGCGCACGCCGAGAGCACCACCUCCACCUCUCCAUCGACCUCCAAGAGCACGCCGGCCAAGACAUCCCUCCGCGCCCUCUUCGGCCAGCCCUACCGCGACGACCCAGACGCCCCCGCCGGCUACCGCGACCAGGCCGCGGACCUCGACAACCGCCAGAUCCACGCGUACCACUCGCAGAUCCUGGCCGAGCAGGACGAGCAGCUCGACCGGCUGGGCGAGUCCAUCUCGCGCCAGCGCGAGCUGAGCAUGCAGAUCGGCGACGAGCUCGACGACCAGGUCGCCAUGCUCGACGACCAGGAGGCGCUCGUCGACCGCCACCAGGGCCGGCUGGACCGCGCCCGACGGUCCGUGGGCCGCAUUGCUCGGAGCGCGGGCGAGAGCAAGCAGAUGAUUGCUAUUAUUGUGCUUAUUGUUAUACUGGUGCUACUGAUCGCCGUGCUGAAAUGAGCGGGGCUGGGACUUGUCUAUGUGGGCGCGGAUCUUGGUCUAUUCUUUCUUUUGCGAGUCCUGACGAUGAUUCGAAGAAGAUGGCGAUGAUCAUGUGAUGAUGUUUGACAUCGAAGACAGCGCAACGAAAUGCCAAAUAAUCUGUGGUCUUGUUGUGUCGCUCGGCCAUAAUUCUGGACGGUAAUGUGAUCCCUCAUGUUUGUCCCCGGCCACAUUGCUCGGGUAUUGGGAGGCGUCCAAAGGCGUUUGGGGAGUUGCGAAAGCGGGACCGAUAUAAUUCGCUCGAAGAAAGUUACGCGCGCUGAAAGUAUUGCUCUUUUCCAGCUGAAUCACACUCAACCAGAGACCGAAGCGUGUCCAUCUUUUUUCC